UUCUUUUGAUAACCUCAUUUUUUCGUACUCCCGUUUGGUAGGUGGCAGUAACGUUCCCAAUAUCUAACUACAAGUAAAUACCAAAGAAGAAGAAGGAAUACCCAGUGCAGCCAUCACAUUUUCCGGUUACAGAUUUUUAGAUUAACAAACUCACUAUUUGUUGUUAUAUAAACAAAAGACCAAAAUGGCAGAGGUCAUUCAAAAGAAACUAAACACCGAGUUAGAAAAAUAUACUCAAAUGCAAAAAGAUGUCAGCAAGAGCAUGGCAGCCAGGCAGAAGCUGGAGACGCAGCUCGCAGAGAAUAAUAUCGUCAAAGAGGAGCUGGAUCUUCUAGACAGUGCUAACACGGUGUAUAAAUUGAUUGGACCUGUUUUGGUAAAACAAGACUUGGACGAGGCCAAAGCCACAGUGACGAAAAGGCUAGAAUACAUCAACGGAGAGAUCCAGCGGUACGACGCGCUCCUGAAAGACUUGGAGAAGAAGUCGGACCAGCACCGGCAGCUUUUGUCCAGUUUACAACAGGAGUUUCAGAAAGCACAAGGCCUCGCCGUCGGGAAAAUCUGACCGAACGAAGACGAUGGACGCAGCAAUACGUACUCAUAGAGACAGCCGCACUUCGCCGAAUUGGAAGACACCGACGAAAUCCACCCGCAUCUGUCGUUCGUCUGCAGCUAUACUGUCCCAGUUUCUCAGUUUGUAACUAAUAAUAAACAUUUUUUUUUCAUGAAACUGAUUCAACAGCA